CCUUCAAGUUGGUGGCAACGACCCUUCCUCUUACACAUUCUGUCUUAAAUCUGUGAAACUUGAGCGUGUGUUCUUGUCUAAAAUGACUCUUGUCCAACGGUUUCCCAGUUUCUCAUCCAAUCUUCGAAAUUGGAAGAAGACCAAUCCGACAAACCAUACUCCUAUCUCUUCUCUCCAUUACAAAACCCAGAUCACUGCUUCUUCUUCGCCCUUCACGGAGAAGCACUCUGUUGAGAGAUACGAGAGAGAUCAGUGGCUGUACAAGUCAUCCACUCCAUCUCCUUCUCCAUCACCACCGUCGAAUCAAGAAGAUGAAGUCUUUGUUAGAGAAAACGACAUCGCAUCGCAGCUUCCGGAGCUGAAGAAGCUCUUGGAGGUUCUGAGAGAGAAGAGAGAGAAGGGAUGCAGAGGCGGUGAUUGCGGACCAGGAGAUGUGUUUUUAGUUGGGACAGGACCAGGAGAUCCUGAGCUUUUGACUUUGAAAGCUGUCAGAGUCAUUCAAAGCGCGGAUCUUUUGCUUUACGACAGGCUUGUCUCUAAUGAUGUUUUGGAGUUAGUUGCUCCUGAUGCUAGGCUUCUUUAUGUCGGCAAAACUGCUGGUUAUCAUAGCAGGACUCAGGAGGAGAUACAUGAACUACUCUUAAAUUUUGCUGAAGCUGGUGCUACUGUUGUGAGGCUUAAAGGUGGAGAUCCUUUGGUAAGCUCUUGUUUUCUGCGUUUUUAUAUACUCUCUCUGUUCCUUUCUCCCUUUGUAGUUAUGUGUUGCAACUUUGAUUUGAUGUUUCAGGUUUUUGGACGAGGCGGGGAAGAAAUGGACUUUCUGCAACAGCAAGGGAUCCGAGUUCAAGUUAUCCCUGGUAUUACUGCCGCGUCAGGGAUAGCAGCCGAGCUUGGGAUUCCCUUGACUCAUCGUGGGGUUGCAACUAGUGUGAGGUUCCUCACUGGUCAUUCUAGGAAAGGAGGGACCGACCCUCUUUUUGUUGCCGAGAAUGCAGCUGAUCCGGACACAACACUUGUUAUUUAUAUGGGUUUGGGAACGUUACCUUCACUUGCACAGAAACUGAUGGACCACGGUCUACCUUUUGAUACACCAGCUGUUGCGGUUGAGCGUGGAACCACUCCUCUACAGCGUUAUGUUUUUGCUGAGCUUAAAGACUUUGCGACUGAGAUUCAGUCAGCGGGUUUGGUGUCACCAACGCUCAUCAUCAUAGGGAAAGUCGUCGAGCUGUCGCCUUUAUGGCCACAUUGCACGAAGGAAUCCUCCUGCCUUGUAGAGACUCGUUAGAUUAUUCGCUUCUUACGUUACGGUUACAGUGGCUUGCACGGACAUUAUGGUGAACUUAGAGGAGUUAAGCUUGAAGAAGCUUGAGAGAUGUAAUAAGCCAAAGGAAGGCUGAUACUUUUCUUCUGUCCACGUGAAAUGUGAAGUAGUGUUGAUUUGAAUAUUUUUUGGACAAUCCCAACGCCAAUGUCUGAUGUAAUGAAACUUAAGCUUCAAAUAGAGCCAAGUUUUAACUUCAUAUUGGUUGCUGUGUUAUUGGUGAUGUUUAUAUUAGCACGCUGAUAACUACUUGAUCGAUAUUAUUAUUACUUCAACACUUUAUCAACACUUCAGUUUGAUUCUUGUCGGUGAGAGAGCAGGGUGAAUUCACCAUAAGAAGUCUCACUUUUCAAAAGAGCAACUUUCAUAAACUUUUUAAAAGUAAUAUUGUAAGGUUGUUUUCUGUUGAUGGUAUAUAAUGAUUUGAAGAUGGAUUUCUUGUAUAGUGUAGUCC